GUGUGUUGCGGCCUUAAACAUUUUGUCGUAUGAAUGUAAUCGUACCUUAAGGAUGCUAAAGAACAAGAAUUAAGCAAAAGGGUCAACCGGCAAUAUAAAUAUAUAUAAACGGUCUCGUGUAUUUACCUGAGUAAAGUCAGUUGUUAUCAAAAUGAGCAAGGCACAUCCGCCCGAGCUAAAAAAGUAUAUGGAUAAAAGGCUGUCUUUAAAGCUGAACGGAGGUCGACAUGUUAUUGGCAUACUGAGAGGUUUUGAUCCAUUCAUGAAUAUGGUUAUAGAUGAAAGUGUAGAAGAAUGCAAAGAUGGUACCAAAAACAAUAUUGGGAUGGUGGUAAUUCGUGGCAACAGCGUCAUAAUGUUAGAAGCUUUAGAUCGAAUAUGAUUUAUACUACUAAAAUCUUAUCUCCUUUUUUAAUAUGUAUAUUUUCAAAUAAAGAAUCAAAUGUUAUUUAAGAAAUAUAGAUAUCAGGAAAAUCUCUUUUAUUCUAUAAUAAAUUUAAAUUAAAAUCUUUAUACACC